UUGUGAAAAAGAAAUAAAAUAAAUCCCACAACUUCCACCUCAAACUAUGUCAUCAUGCUCUAAUUAAUAUUACAAUAUUUAAUUAUCAUGUUUUCCCAUUCAAUUUUUACAAUAUUUUGAUUUUCAGAACAAAAUUGUGGUAUUAAAAUUUUAGGAAUGACCGAAAGACGCUUGUCACUCGUUAUAAGCUUGGCCGCCAUAUCCGAAUUUCGUUUGGACUAUUUAGUUGUGUCGUGCGAUUCUUUGUUAUAAUAAUUAAAACUGUGAUUCUUUGUUUAAUAAAGACAAUGAAUUGAUGAUUAAAUCUAAUGACUAUGAACUAUGUUAAAUGUGGAGUGAUAGAGAAAGUUAAGCAGAUCAAUAGAAUUUGCUAUUGGAAGUGUAGCUCUCAACAUCGUAUUUUUAGUUCGUCCGCCAUAUUGGCGUUAUUUUAACUUCGUAAAACUUCUUGAAAGUACAGAAACAUCAGAGAUCCCACAUGUAGCAAGGGUAGAAGAUUCCGUUUGUGAAUGCAAUGAAAUGCUCUUAGGUGCAUCGGCACCACGGUGUAUUAUGAUAGAAUGGUUUAAAGUUCUAAGAGGACUUAGCUGAUGCCUCUGAGCCAGAAAUUGGAUGAGCCUCUUGUUACAAUUGAGGUAGAUUGCUGACUCGAGCACAAUGCAACAGGCCGUCGAUCCUCUUGCUACGACCAGCACUCCGGCGGCGGAACCCGUCAAUGGAGCCGCCUCCGAGGAGACUCCGCGCCGACAGGGGCGGAUGACCAAUCAGUUACAGUUCCUUCAGAAGAAUGUGAUAAAGGCCGUCUGGAAGCACAAGUUCGCGUGGCCCUUCCAUCAGCCGGUCGACGCUAAAAAACUUAACCUUCCUGACUAUCAUAAAAUCAUCAAAAAGCCUAUGGAUUUGGGCACCAUCAAGAAACGUUUAGAAUCAAAUUACUAUUAUUCUGCUCAAGAAUGUAUCCAGGAUUUCAAUACCAUGUUCACAAACUGCUAUGUUUACAACAAGCCAGGCGAGGAUGUGGUUGUGAUGGCGCAGACGUUAGAAAAAUUGUUUUUAAACCGGAUAGCUCAAAUGGAGAAGGAGGAGAAGGAGAUCGAGAUGCCCUCUAACAGCAACAAGGGGAGCGUGAAGAAGCGCGCCGGCUCGAGCGGGCCGGGCGGCGCGGCGGGCGCGGGGGGCGCGGGGGCCGUGCCGCCGCGCACGGUGAAGGCGGUCCCGCCUCACCCCACGUUCGUCGGCUCCACCAACACCACGACCACGCCGCUCGCCGCACCCCCGGCCACGCCCCCCGCCACGCACACCGGCCUGCCGCAACAAGUGGCUACACAACCCUCCAAUUUCCACGUGACGCAAGCAGCCGCGCAACCAGUUUCCACUAUAACGACAGUGCCACUGUCGCAGACCCAACCUGCUAAGGUCAAAAAGGGUGUGAAAAGAAAAGCUGAUACUACCACGCCUAUGGGAAGUUCCUUUGAAGGCUAUACAACUCCAACUAUAGAUCAGCAAAGUGGUCAAAAACCGGCUAAAAUAUCAACAAGGAGAGAGAGUGGGCGACAGAAAAAAGCCGGGCGAGUGGGCGAGGACGGUUUCAAGAUGGGUGGUCUGUCCCCUGGCGUGGGGGCGACGGGCGCGGCGCACCACUCCGCCAUCACGCCGCAGAUGCCCAAGGGCAAGGAAAAGCUAUCCGACGCGCUCAAGAGCUGCAACGAAAUACUGAAGGAACUGUUCUCGAAGAAACAUUCUGGUUACGCCUGGCCUUUUUACAAGCCCGUUGACGCAGUGUUACUGGGUCUGCAUGACUAUUUCGAAAUAAUCAAGAAGCCGAUGGACCUCGGCACAGUGAAACACAACAUGGACAACCGUGCUUACAAGACGGCCGCCGAGUUCGCCGCGGACGUCCGCUUAAUAUUUACGAAUUGCUACAAGUACAACCCGCCCGAUCACGAUGUCGUUGCUAUGGCUCGGAAACUACAAGACGUCUUUGAAAUGAGGUAUGCAAAGAUUCCGGAUGAACCAGUACACGUUGGGGUGCCACACAUAGACAAAGGCAGCUCAGCGUCUAGCUCAGAAUCUGGUUCGGACUCGGAAUCCGAUUCGGAUGACUCCGAAGAGGAGAGGAACAACAAAGUAAAAAUACUCGAAAAGGAGCUGCUAGCUCUUCAAGAGAAAAUGAGAAAACUAGUAGAAGAGUCCAAUACUAAAAAGAAAGCCAAGAAAAAGGUGAAGGAAAAGCAGAAAAAACAGAUCGGCAACAGCACGAGUAUUCCAAAAGCAAAUGCGGUGGCUGCUUACAAUGCUAAAGCGAAUAAUAUAGUUGGCGAAAACAUUACGACAGCAGGCGUGAUCCGUGGCAAGGCGGGCGGUAAGCGCGGCGCCGGUGCGGGCGCGGCGGGCCCGGGGGCGGGCAAGACAGGCGCGCGGGCCGCGGCGCCGGCCAAGAAGAAGGGAUCCACGCCCACCGCGCCGCCCCACCACGCCCAUGCCCCGCCCGAUACCGACGACGAGGACCUAGCCAAGCCCAUGUCGUACGACGAGAAGCGCCAGCUCUCGCUCGACAUCAAUAAGCUGCCUGGUGACAAGCUUGGAAAAGUAGUGCACAUAAUUCAAAACCGAGAACCUUCUCUAAGAGAUUCCAACCCAGAUGAAAUAGAAAUAGAUUUCGAGACACUCAAACCGUCAACGCUACGUGAGCUAGAAAGCUACGUUGCGUCGUGUCUUCGAAAAAAGACACAUCGAAAAGUAUCAGGAAAAUCAAAAGAUGAACAAAUGGCUGAAAAGAAACAGGAAUUAGAAAAGAGAUUGCAAGAUGUAUCGGGUCAACUAGGAACAAAUAAGAAACAACAGCCUAAAAAAGAAGGCUGUAAAGACGGUCUGGGCGGCGGCAUGUCGUCGUCGUCGAGCUCGUCGGACUCGUCCAACUCCUCGUCCAGCACCGACACCAGCUCCUCCGACAGUAGCGACAGCGAAGCAGGGGCAAACUCGGCCAAGCCACCGAAAAAAAAGGUCAAGAAGCAGUCUCACAAUGUUCCUAAACCCGCGGCAGCGUCGGCGCCUCCCGCAGUGCCGACGGUCCCCGCGCCAGUCGUCCCUGCAGCGGCGGCGCCCGGCGAGCCGCCCGCGCCCGCUGCACCCGAGGUCAAGCCCGAGCCCGCGCCCGCCGCUCCGUCCCCGCCGCCCGAGGUCAAGCACCCCCCAGUCCAGCCACCGCCGCGCCCCGCCGCGCCGCCCGCCCCCGUGCUCCCGCCCCCCGACGCGCCCGACUCCUCCGUCGUCCCCGUCGUCGCCGACACCCACAAGCCGUCGACGAGGCUCGAGCCGCGCAACGGCCUGGAGAAAAUGGACGCCUCCCACUACAUCGACCCCAUCGAGCGGUCCCUGGCCAGCCUCGAGCGCAGCCUGCAGGCCGACGUGCCCGCGGCCGAGUCCUCCGUGCGCCUCGAGGACUUCGCGCUGCCGAAGCCGACCCUGAUGCCGGACGCGGCGCACCACGCGCUCAUGGCGCAGCUCGGCGGGCUGGACGUGCCGCACGUCACCGACCACAUCAAGAGCGAGUACGCGCCGCCGCACAACGGCUUCGUGGACCGGAGCGCCCACGAGCCGAUGCGGCCCGACGCGCCUGCCGUGUCCGGCAUGACGGCGCCGCCCGUCUCCUCCAUUUUCGACCCCGUGUACUCUGCGCCGCAACCGCACGCGCCGCCCGCGUUGCACCUCCCCGUGCCCGGCGCGCUGCCGCCCAUCAAGAAGGAGGACUCCAAGCCGCUCCUCACGCCGAAGCCGAUCGAGGAUCUCAUGGGAGUGCCCAGCGUCGUCCCUAACAACACGACGGAUCGGGCCAAGUACGAGAUGGACAAGAAGGAGGACGCCCGGAAUUCCAGCUUCGCUCAAGCCUUCAAGAUUAAGCAGGAGCAGAAUUUGAAGAACGCCAGCUCGUGGUCCUCGCUGGCGCAGGCCGGCAGCCCGCAGAAUAUACCCACGAUGGGGAGCAACAGUCAAGUGAAACCCAAACCAGUCAUGGAUAGUUUUCAGGCUUUCAAGAAGCAAGCGCGCGAGAAAAUCGACAGGCAACGAGCUCUAAUAGAACAGCAGGAGCUCAGAAAGAAGGAGCUGGCGGAAAGAGAGAGACAGCGACAACAGGAGACGAGGCAGCCCGACGACGACAAAAUUAGCAGGGGCGGCAGCAUGGUGGGAGUGGGAGCGGGCGCGGCGGCGGGCGGCGUGCGCGCGGGCGGCGAGGCGGCGUCCCCGCACGUGUCGCCGGCGGCGCGCGCCUCGCCCCCCGCACCGCCGGCAGCACCCGCGCCGCACGCCCCGCACGCCCCCCCGCCGGACAAGCCGCCCGCGAGCGACCGCGAGAGACUGAGGCAGCGCGAGCAGGAGCGACGACGGAGAGAGGCGAUGGCCGGCCAGAUAGAUAUGAACAUGCAAAGUGAUCUGAUGGCCGCUUUCGAGGAGUCGUUGUAAUGUGUUCCACGGACCUGUAAAGUUAAUUGUAAAUAUGAGUAUAUAAAAAUAUAUAUAAUUACAAUGCAAUCUAUACAUAUGGUAAUAGUAUGACACCAGAGUGAUUUGUGGUCGUUUUGUGUGUGAAGUUGUUGACUAACAUGUGGUUAAGUGCUGUGAAUAGAUAUACUUAUUAUAAAUUAAACUGUUGUACCGUCGAUCUUGACUUCGUGGUUGCGUGCUCUGUGCUCUAGGCCUUUAUAUUAUAAGGGGUUGCAUUUUAAAAUAACUUGUAUUAUAAUAGUUUCUAUGCAAUUUACUACUGUAAACUCUCUUUACAUUUGUAAGUCUAUAUUUAUAUUACGUUCUAGAUGCCUCGUCUACCUUGCGAAAUUGUUUUUUUAGUACGUAUCUACUAAUAAAUAGUGCGGUAGUGAUGGAAAUUAAAAUCAACUUUUUUAUCUAAUUGAUAUAGACAAUCUAUUUUAACAAUGAAAUCAGUUGUCGCGCGUGGUUCGCAUAUUGCACGGAUGCGAGCGUGUUGCUAAACGCUCGGGAGCCAGGCCACAGAUUAGUGAAGAGCUGAUAAACGGCUACAUAGUAUGGUUUCAUUUUAAUUACACUUCUACGAGCAUAGUUUCUAUCGUGUACGCGGCCAGAUGUGCCCAGUCAAUGAAAAAAUUACUUUGCCUCUAGUAGUCGGAUGUUAGCUCACUAUGUAGUUGUUUCUCUGUACUUGUAUAUUUUUUAACUCUGCGGCGUGGCGCUAGCCCUCGGCACUCGACCGAGGUGCAAUAUGGGAAGCGGCCAGCGGGGUUCGUUAUGUAUUUAAUAGCAAAUGAAAUUUCUGUUGAAGUUGAUUUAUCGACAAUUAUUGCUUAAUGUUAGUAGAUUUUUUAUCAGUCUGUCAACGGAAACAGAUCAAAUGUCAUACAUUUGAUUUGAAAUAUAUUUAUUUUACAUUUGAAUGUCUUUUUAUGUUUUGUAGUUAGAUGACUCCAGUGGGAAAUGUAAAGUAUUAUCAGAAAUCGUCAUACUCAUAAGUUUAUUAUAUUAUGGGUAAACUAGUUCGAUAAACUAUAAACAAAUAUUGUAUAUUAUAAGCAUUUUUUUAAUUUCAAGUCACCUACUCAAACUCGAAAUCGAUGUAGAUAUAAAGUAAAAUAUAUUGACAUUCCAUAUUGUAUUUUGUGUUUGUGUUGUAAAUGAUUUUGAUAACGUAGAGGGAGGUUCCCUGCUGCUCGCCCGAGGAACACCUACGAUUCAUUAGCAAUAAUAAGUCGACAGUUUGUCAACUUGUCGAGUGUUUAAUAGUUCAAUGUUUAUGCAAUUUAGUUUUUCAUUGUUUCUAGUAUUUUUUUUAAUAACAAGCAUAUAAGUGAAGUUAAUUCAAAAGUUGAGUAAUAAAAAAAUUAAAACAGA